UAUACUUUAUUUAUUUAUUUAUUUUAGUAUUUUAAAUGAGAAUAUUAGGGUAAAAUAAAAGUAUCUGAAAAUGAGAGUGCACCUCUCUCACAACUCACAAGCAGAUCUGUGUUCAUAUAUAUAUGUAUCUGUGUGGUUCUUGAAAGAAGAAGAAGGUAUUCACGUGUUACAGCACCAGAGUGUUAUUGCUAUUGCUCUUGCUUAGAAGUAUCAGACAUUGAAGAAAAACAGAGAGAAAGAAAGUGACAAUGUCUGGUGUGUGGGUUUUCGACAAGAACGGUGUGGCGAGGCUGAUAACAAACCCUACAAAGGAAUCGUUCGAGCAGAAAGAUCCGAAACAUCCUGGUACAGCCACCGCACCAGGUGCCAGACCAAGAGUCCUGGUCUAUCUCCCGAGCAACCAGGUCAUCCGUUCCUACACGGAACUUGAGCAGCGACUCACAGAACUCGGAUGGACUCGCUAUCACGACUCAGACCCAGACUCAGACUGCUCCGAGCUCAUCCAGUUCCACCGUUCUGACACCUCUUCACAUCUCAUAUCCCUCCCCAGAAGCUUCUCUAACUUUAAGCACUUUCAUCUGUACGACAUCGUCGUUAAAAACCGCGCUUUCUUUCAGGUUCGUGACCCCACUACGCUAUACCAGGCCUAGACAACAGAUGUGAAUCUAAAAGUUCAUGCAAACUGCUUAUAUUUUCCACCAUCAAAUCUUACCUUCUCCUACUUAGCUUCAGAAAUGUCCUUAUCAGUCCCUACCACCCUACCCUAACAUGCAUCUUCAUAUCCCACCUUCUUCCUUGUUUUUCACUUUGUCUCCUUCUACAUGUAUUUGUUUCUUGUUUCGUUUGGUUCAAGGUUGUUGUUGUAGUAGUAGUAGUAGGUAAUUGAAUUCAGGCUUGUAAUGGUUCUUCUACUUGUACGUGAUCAAGCUGUCUUUUUAAGAAAUUCAUUCAUUCUCCGUCA